CCACCAACGGCAUCAUAUCUCCAAAUCGAAGCUCGGCCCGGCCGUACGGUACGACUCACCUGAACCCAAACUAAUCGUCUACCCCUCUCCCAACCGAUCACCAUGCCUCAGGACAUGCCCCCCGCUGGGGGCUACCACCAGGUGCAAUACAAGCGCAACGUCCCCGUCCGCGGCUUCCGUCCCAUCGUCUACCUCGCCGGAAUGGUCGGGGCCGUCAGCUACGGUCUGUACAAGCAAUACUACUCGAUGCGUGAGAUGCACGAACUCGGCCGCGAGAAACUCUGGGGCCGCCUGCACAUCAUCCCCCUCCUCCAGGCCGAGGAAGACCGGGAUCAGGUCCGUCGCUACUACGCGGACAAGGCCCGCGAGCAGGAGCUCUUCGGCUCGGAGAAUCGGGUGUAUAACUCUGACCGCUUCGUCCGCCCUACUUUCGCCUAUACCCCUUCGCAGGUUACUGAGUAAACUGAAGUUUUUUGAGAAUCAAAUACCAAAAAAAUUUGAAGACAGUUUUUCUUGCUUCAUGGUUUGUAUUCGUUGUGUACUGUACUGUACUUUACUUAGGAUUGCGAGUGUGGUUUGUUUUUUUAAAGUUUGUUCUCGUUUUUCCAAAGAGGUAGUUUCGACUCGUUGCGUCCUGGGGCGUAGCGGCGACAGAAUCCUGAGAUUAUGAGAUGGAUCUUGGUUUAUGCUCAAUUGGGAUUAUCCGCCUCCACGUGGAGAGGUGAAGCCUUCGUAGCUGGCAGAGUAAAAGGUGGGUUACUGCAGC